AUGCAUUGGUGGCAGCUGCCAUUUUCGUCUUCCACCAUCGCCAAAUUGCGGCAAAACGACGUCGAUUCGAAUAGGUCUUCUCAGCCGCUGCCUCUGCCUCUGCCUGAACUGCUUCCGCCUGAGCCUGAGCCUAAACCAGUCCCCUCCGCCUCCCACAACGUGCCCCUUCCUUCUCCCCCCAAGAGCCGCAAUGAGGAGAGAUAUCACCACCUGAAAAGCCGAUCAAGUGUAGAACAGCCUGAAUUUCGGUUAUCUCGAAAGUCAGCUGUUAAACAAGAGAGCCGCCGCAGUAGUGCUCCAACUAGUCCUGUAUGCAGUCCCUGGAUAUCCCCUGGUAUUUUCCGUGCUCGCUCCGAGCCAAGGAAUCCCCAUUCCAAUGGAAAUACAGGACUAAGUUGUAGUUAUCAAAUGCCUUGGGAUAAAAUUUCUGGUUUAAGUGUUGAGGUUCCUCCUCUUAUAACUCGACAUGUCGAAAGUGCACACGAGGCUGGAUUUACAGAACCUUCCAAGAUAUCGUUGGAGUGGAGGGAAAGUUUUUGUCAUGCCAAUGUACAUACUCUGCCUCUCCCUCCAGGGGCUGACAUGCCCACUCCACUAUCCUCAACAUCUCCUCUUUCAGGAGCCUUGUCGCCUGCUCCAAUUUCCAGUCUUGUCGUAAGAUCUGAGCAUCCCGGACUUAAACAGUUCUCUCCUAUUAGAUCUCAAUGGCAGAAAGGGAAGCUCAUUGGGAGGGGUACAUUUGGAAGUGUGUAUGUUGGUUCCAACAGGGAGACUGGAGCUUUAUGUGCAAUGAAGGAGGUUGAGAUUUUACCAGAGGAUGUCAAAUCUCAAGAAAGCAUCAGGCAGCUAGAGCAGGAAAUUAAGGUUCUGACCAAGCUAAAGCAUCCAAACAUUGUGCAGUAUUAUGGCAGUGAAAUUGUUGGAGACAAGUUUUACAUAUACCUGGAAUAUGUUCAUCCUGGAUCAAUCAAUAAAUUCAUCCAUGACCAUAGUGCAGCUAUUACGGAAUCUGUAGUUCGCAAUUUCACACGUCAUAUUCUAUGUGGGUUGGCUUAUUUGCAUAGCACGAAAACCAUACACAGGGACAUCAAGGGUUCAAAUUUACUUGUAGAUGCACAUGGAGUUGUCAAGCUUGCUGACUUUGGGAUGGCUAAACAUCUAAACGGGGAAGCGGUAAAUCUAUCGUUGAAGGGUAGUCCAUAUUGGCUGGCUCCAGAGCUUUUGCACUGUGUGGUGCCAAGUGCUGAUCUUGGUUUAGCAAUAGAUAUAUGGAGUUUGGGGUGCACCAUAAUUCAAAUGAUCAACGGAAAGCCCCCAUGGAGCGACUACGAAGGGGCUGCAGCAUUGUUCAAGGUUUGGAAGGAGAGUCCACCCAUACCUGAAACGCUGUCGGCAGAGGGCAAGGAUUUCUUGCAGUGCUGCUUCCGUCGAAAUCCUGCUGAUAGACCUACAGCUAGCAAGUUAUUAGAGCAUCCAUUUGUGGAUUGUAGCCGCAUCAGUUCCACUCAUUUAAACUGAUCAAGUUAAUGGUACUAUAAUGCAAUGUCCAAUCCCUUUUGGUGCUAGUGCUGAUCAGUUUAGUAUUCCUUUUGCUAACUCAAAAGCUAAACAUUUUCUUCCCACAUGAUUACUGCAUCCUAGCUAUGUCACUUUGGCAUUCCUCUUGGCUGCAACACACUCUAGUUUAUCAGCUCUAUGUGUAAAUCCAUUUAAUUUGCAGCCUCUACUCUAGUGUUGAUCAUGUCAUCUCAUUGAAAUGUAUGUACACAUUUUUUUGGUAGUGUUUCCCUUUCCCAUCAUAUGCCUUUGGAGUUUUGUAAUAUAAUCCAAUUACA